AAAAAAAAAGUGUUUAUGUGUAGGUUUCCAUCCAAGUCAAAUUUUAUAAAUUAAAUAGGUAUGUCUAAGUAGGUAAUUUUUAAUCUUCAGAUAUUAGAUAAAUGAUGGGUAACGAAAACUCACAGCUAAGUGGCUUGGAAAUAGAGGAUAAAGCUGUAGAGAUAACAGAAUUUUGGCAACAAUAUCAGGCCACUAUAAAAGAUAGUUGUAGAUACUUCAGUCUGAAAGGGGAUGGUUCAGUGUCUGUUUUUAAAGGAGAAGCGGCUGCAGGACCACUUUGGGCUGUAUCGACACCUCUAGAAAAAUUUUGUAAUAAUUUAUUAAAAUAUCGACAUCCAUGUAUUGUGAGAUACAUAUCAGCAUGGCAACAGCGUUCGACACUGCAUUUGGCAACAGAAUAUGUGCUACCUCUAAGUCAUGUUCUGAAAACUCUUUCACCUUUACAAAUUUGCAUUGGAUUAAACAACAUUCUUAGAGCUUUAGUAUUCUUGCAUGAUCAGGCUAGCAUGUCACAUAAUAAUGUCAGUACUUCAGCUGUAUAUGUGACAGGUGAUGGCCAGUGGAAACUAGGUGGCUUGCAAUACUUAUGUCCAUUUUCUGAGCUCACACCGGCUUAUUUAAAACAUGCUAGAAUCCAUAGGUAUGAUAAAGCCAUUGAUCCCAAUGAAGAUUCAAAUGAGCUAACAACAAAAGUGGAUCAAUAUGGUUUUGCAGUACUUGUUGAAGAUGUUCUAAAGGGACAAAGCGAUGAUGAGGUACCAUAUUUAACAAAUUUUAAAAAAUACUGUAAAGACAACUUGAAAAAUGAAGAUCCAACAAAAAGGUCAAAGCUAUCAGAGGUUUUGCAACACAAUUUUUUCAACCACACAUUUAUCAGUAUUUAUAAGUUUCUUACAUUCCUGCCUUUGAAAAGCGAAGAUGAAAGAAGUGAAUUCUUCACAACCAUUUUAAACAAUUUGAAAUGUUAUGAUGAGGAAACUGUAGCUAAGCAAUUGAGUGGAUUGUUGCUUUCAAGACUCACAAUGUUAGAUGCAACUGCACGGAGGGAAGUCAUUCCAUAUAUCCUCGAACCUUGUAAUGAGAGACAACAAAAUAGUGAACAUCCAGGUUUUUUUAGUUUAAACGUGUUCAAAGAGCAUGUGAAACCUAGACUUUUGCAACUGUUCAGUGUCAGAGACAGUCAGAUAAGAAUGUUGUUAUUGAUGCAUUUUUCAAAGUAUAUUCAUGUCUUCACACACGAGGAGCUCUCGCAACAUAUACUACCCGAAUUACUGUUGGGUAUAAAAGACACAGAUGAUAACUUAGUAGCGUCGACAUUAAUAUGCCUAAGUGUCUUAGUACCUAUACUCGGAGCUGCAGCCGUUGUAGGCGGAAAGAGAUCAAAAUAUUUUACUGACGGAAGACCAAACUGUAAAAACAACUUGAUAAAAUCAACAAGCAUCAACAAGCAAGAUAAAAAAGUGUAUCUCUUAGAAAAAUCAUUAAGGGAAUUACCCUGUUCAGAGGAUGUUUAUGAAAAUGACAAUACCGGUCUGACCACUUUUACGAAUAUAAACUUAAAUGAAAGACCUACACCAGUCGGCGGUGAAUCUUUGGAGGAAGAAGUAAUAUUAAGAGAAUCUACAAUUAAUCAAGUUAACAGCGAAGAGGAUUGGAGUGAUUGGGAUAACACUAACCGUCAGCUCACUAUGGCAGAAACAGAAAGCAUCUCGAUUGAAGCAGAUACCAUUUAUUUGAAUACCGAAAAAAAAGAAGUACCCGUAAUCGAAACGAACGUCGCAGCAGAAGAUUCGGCAUUAAAAAAAUCAUUGCUUCAAAAAGCAGCCAUUGAUGCCAAAAGAAACAUUGUAGACAUAUCAGAGUUGGAUAUUAAACAUCAAAAAACAAGUAAUACAAAAAAAGGUGCUGACGAAUUUGACUUUUUCGCUGACAUGAAGCCUGUUAUCGAGAAGGCCGCUGUUGUCAGUAUCGAUGAUUUGGUUUCGAAAGAAUUUAGCAGCAAGUUAACGUUCGUACCCGAUGAAAACCAAGACGAGAACGAAGGUUGGGGUGAAAACUGGAAUGAUUAAGAGAAUAAAAGAAAUGAUCAUUAAUACAAUAAUUAUAAUCUGUACUUUACAAAACCUUAAGAAUUAAACAACUGUAAAAUUUCAUUUAUGUAGACUUGAUUUUUUUUAUACCCAGUUGUGAUGUCGUUUAUUCAAUGCCUCGUACAAUUGAUAAAGUCAUAAAAUUGUAAAAAUGAAAUGAAAACCUUUACUUAUCUAUUUAAAAACUGUAAAUACGCAUUAUGUAGUUUAUUUAUGCCCUAAAUAUUGUUAACGUUGUCUUAAAUAGAUGAUAUUAUUUAAUAAAUAAAAUCUUAUCUUCAAAAUUUCAUUUGU